AUGGUCAAUACACGAGGUUAUCUUCUAAGUGAACAGGCGCUCUCUCGCCAAUGUUCGGAUAUUAGAAAUGCACAUGCACAGAUCACUCAUUUGGUUGUGUUUGUACAUGGACUAGAAGGAACGUGUGAAGACCUAUCAUCUUAUCGAAAUGUCUUUCGGAUUAUAGCAGGAGACAUUCCCGGUUUCUUCUACCUACUUAGCGCAUCUAAUCACUCUAAGACAUGGUCUGAUAUUGAUGAUAUGGCAGGAAAUCUGCUUAGUGAAGUGCAAUCUUAUAUAGCAAAAUUCAGCGAACCACCUGUUCGAAUAAGGUAA